AUGCCGAUGCUGCUGGUCUCGCUGCAGGUGGACCUUUGCUUGCCCUACAGCUGGAUGUUCCCCCAGAGUGCGAUGGUGGGCCUUUUAGUCUGCGGAGGUUGCGUGCUGAUAUCGCUCAAGUUCUGUGUGAUGUGCCAUUGCUUGGCCAGCCAAAGGCUCGCGCAGGCCUUGGUGCUGGUGCUCCUGCUGGCCUCUGAUUGGAUUAGCUCACUGCACCUGAUGGACUUGGUCACCGACGAUGCCAAGGACUCCAUGCUUCUUUACCUCCUGCUCGCUGCAGGCGUUGUGCAAUUGAAGAGUUCGCUCAGCAGGCUUAGCCUGCGCUCGCGCUGGGCACGGGCCUGGCGAGCCCGGCGGGCGAGGCAGAUGGGAAGCGAGCUGGCAAGCUCAAUGACUGUGGAGUCCUCCGACAGCGACAACGAGCAGGGGCACAGCAGUCUGCCUGAAAGCUUUCAUGAGGCAUUGGUCGCCUUGCUGGGCUUCAACGUGAGGCAAGAGCCCUCCAGUCGGCAGUUCCUCUGCGGCGUGCGCCUGGUCCGGAGACCCAAAAAACACAGGUCCACCAUGAGGUAUUUGGAGUGA